AGCCUCUCACACUCACAUUAUUAAUACCCUAUCCACCAAUCUCAUUCUCACGCGUCCAAAAAGUUAUUCAAAACCCAUUUUCCUUCCCAUCUACCAUAUUUUCCCACACCUUUUCGCCCAUUUGAUUGCUCGUCUUUUCUUUAUCUUCUUUACCAUUUACAAUAAUCUCGGCAAUCAUGGUGGCCAUUGUCGCGCUGGUUGUUACGACUUUUGCUAUAUUCUUCGGCGCUGCUGCCGCAGAUCCUGACUUGCUUCAAGAUGUUUGUGUUGCCGAUCUCGCUUCUGGUCUGAAAGUCAAUGGGUUCACCUGCAAAGACGUGGCAAACAUAUCUGCCGCAGACUUCUUCUUUGAGGGUUUAGCCAAGCCAGGCCUCACCAACAACACUUUUGGUUCUCUGGUCACUGCAGCCAAUGUUCAAAAAAUUCCAGGCCUUAACACCCUCGGUGUCUCGCUCUCCCGCAUUGAUUAUGCCCCCGGCGGCCUUAACCCGCCUCACACUCACCCGCGUGCCACUGAGAUAGUGUUUGUGCUCGAUGGUGAAUUGGACGUGGGGUUCAUAACCACAGCAAAUGUGCUCAUAUCUAAGUCCAUCAAGAAGGGUGAGAUAUUUGUGUUCCCAAAGGGGUUGGUACAUUUUCAGAAGAACAAUGGUAAGGUGCCUGCAGCUGUGCUAGCUGCGUUUAACAGCCAGUUGCCAGGCACACAGUCCAUUGCUGCCACCUUGUUUGCCGCGACACCGGCGGUGCCCGACAAUGUCUUGACUAAGGCAUUCCAAGUGGGUACGAAGGAGGUUGAGAAAAUCAAGUCUAGGUUUGCUCCCAAGAAGUAGAGGAAUAUUGAACCAUAUACAUCAUACGUCUGCUGGGGCUAUUUUGUUGCUGUAACCUUAAAAACAAUUGUUGGGAUUUUUCCUUCUCUUUCUUAAUGUAAUGUGGGUGAUCAUCUUUUGAAUUUCUUUGAUUUUGGAAUCGAUGGACAUUUUAAUCUCUGGGUUACUGUUCAUUUUGCAUAAUUAAUCACUCAUUUUAUGGUUCAAUCAA